CAAUAAUACCAUAUUUUUAUUGUUAAAUGUUACGCUUACAUUUUGACACAAUUGUAAGUUUAGAUCUCUUGUAGUUAGAAACUUAGUUACAUUGAUAUUAUCUGGUAAUUUAGUCCACCUUACUAGAGCUAAUUUAAGGUCUUAGUCCUUUAAUAUUUUGGAUACUUCUACAAUGCAUUUGGAGAUAUUCAGUUCUAAUAUUAAACGAUACAAUAAUAUUGGUAAAGGAAUUAAGUUGUAAAUUAAAUAAGAAAUAAACGUUUUCGACGAUCUCCGAGAGCGGACUGCACGUAGUAAUCGUGAUGAUCCUCCGUUGUCGAAUGGCAAUUUCUUAUGGAAUCGAGGUUUAACACGCGAUCUGAAAAGUAAACAAUAUAAAUGAAAAUAAAAUCCAAGAUAACAACUAACGAAAAGCUUACGGUACCAUUUUGGAGGAACGGCAACGAACAGUAAGGGAGAGCAAGCAUUGGCUAAAAAAAAACCAGCAGCACAGAACUAUCAAUACGUCAUGAGUACAACAACAGAAGUGAAAAUUUUGUAGCUUUACCAAAGACCGUGCACAAUCUAAAAUUUACAAAUCACAUUAAUCAAUACAGUCACUACCAUAAUGGGAACAUAAAAAAAAAAAAAAGAUUUAAAUAUUUCAUUGUCGCAUGACUAUCCAUUAUAUUAUUUAAUAAAUAAACAUGUCAUUGAUGUUAUACAUUCAUCAUUAAAGAUAUACAUAUAAACUAAAAUUGCUGUUUAUAUAAUAAAAUGAACUCCAUUACACACAAUUCUAUAAAUAAUCCCAUAACUGAAUAUAAAUAAAUAUACACAUACAAAAAAAUCAAAAACAUUUGGAUCUUAUCGGCCGAUGCAGUACAUAUUACAUUGUAAUCAACAAUAAAUAAAAUACCGACCGGCUUAAUAAUUAAAGCAAGCAAAGUAUUUAAAUUUAUUUCAAAUAAAAUUAGCCAAAAUCAGUUACCCGUGUAAUACAACCGUUAUGUAUUAGAGCUAGCACUCUUCAGGUCGGAUGGCCGCUAAUCAAUCACAGUCAACUGGGCAAAACAGAGGCACAACUGAAAAUUACAAAAUAUUUUUUACAACUUAUUUUAUAAAUAUAUGCAUAUUUUUUCAAAUAUUAACCAUUUUUUUCUAAAAAUACUUCAUUAAUUAAUUCUAUAAACAAUUUUCAUCCGUUGAACUUUACUUCAAAAUUCGAUUAAAGAUAACUGCACAUAUAUAUUGUUUUAUGUAAAACUAAAGGGUCUCACCUUCCCUUGUGUUUCAAUUAAUUGAUCGCAUAAGCCUGGAAUUUUUAUGAGAAAGUAAUUACUUCAGUAAAUUCACACUUUUCUCAAAAUUAACGUAUUGUAACAAAAUUUGGAAACGUAAUCAUUAUAUAAAGGAACCACAAUUGUUUUUUCUACUAAAAAUGAAACAAAUUGUAACUAUAAUUUUUUUUUUUUUCAUAUUAGCAUACCAUCUGGAAUCUAUAAACUAAUUUUCAUCAUUAAUAAUGGAAAUAUUAUUGCAGUAUUUUUUAAAAUUAAAAUAUGAUCAAAAUCAGUUAGUAACUAAAUCAAAUUAUUGUACAAAUUAAAAUUAAAGAUUUAAUAUUGUUACAGUGACAUAGUCAGGGAAGGGGUGAAAAGCUGCAGCUUCCCUCAAAAUUACAGUGACUACUGAAUUAUUUACUAAAUAUUAUACUUGGAACUAUUUGAACUAAGAAAAAAGUUUAUUAUGAAAUAAUAAAACUAAUCUCUUUAAUUCUCUACUCUCUCGUAAAGAUUGUAGCUAUGCUACUGAUUAAUAUUAAGUUUGUUUUUACGUGUAAAAGUUCAAUUCAUUUUAAUACACUUCAAAAGAGCUAUUUAUAUUAUUUUAAAAUAACUUGGGAAUAAUGUGCUGGUUGAUUUUUUAACAUAGAAAAUUUUGUUUAUCUUUUUCCAUGUAAACGUGUUUGUCUAAUUAUGUGAAUUUAUAAACACAAAAAUAAUUUUGUCAUCAGUUAGUUCUGGAAUCGUUAGGGUGUAAUCAAGUGUGAAAUUAUUUUUCAACGUCUUGCUCCAUUUUAUAAAAAUUCUCUUUAAAAACUUUUCAAGCGGAUCAUCAAGUAUUAGAACAAGACACUAUGAAUAUUUCAACUCCUAUGUAUGAAACGCAAAGUUUCCUCAAGUGUCUUGAAAAUACUGCUAUGCCUGCAAUGAAGGCUUCCAAAAGCUGGAAACACACCAUUGUUAAUUGGAUAAAGCCACUGACGUUUCAGCAAAAGCUCGAGUUGCACAAAUCUAUUUAUCCUAUGAUGAAAUGGUUAAAUAUGAUGGAUCAAAUUAUUUCGUCUCUCGGAUCAGAAUUGAUCCGAGUUGAUAAAACUACCGCACGGGCCAGACUAAUAUGUUUGCGCCAUUUCAUGCAGAAAAUCAAAACUAAACAGCAUGAAAAGGAUUGGAUUGUUAAAACGUCUAAAAAAGUUAUUAAAAAGUUGGAUUAUAUAGAUUCAAUAAUUAUGGUUCAUAAAUGGGCCACAGACAUUCAAAUUAAGUGGAUUCAAAUUUGUUCAGUGGCAAUGAAUCUCGAAAAGAUACUUUUAAAAAUUUUGACGGAUGAUGGAAACUGUUGAAUGAAGUUUCAGCCGAUCAUUCAAAAACAGCGGCUCAUUCUAUUGUGGUGGUUUUUAUAUUUUUUCUAAUUUGUGCCUUCAAAACCUUCAAUUUUAAAUUAUUAUCUCAACAAAUUAUUAAAAUUACUUUAUACGUGUUAUUUAAAAUUUUCUGUCAAUCACCAAGACUUUGUAGCUGAACUUACGGUGAUAUGAUUAUUUUUCAUCAUUUGAUGUGUAAUGCUAACAAGUUCUGAACUUUUUAUUUAUAUAUUUCUAUAAUUAAUAACUUCCUUUAUUUUAUGUAUU